ACAAGGGAUACGUAUACCGUCUACAGCCAGACUCAGAAAUUAGAAAUAAUGCGAUUAAUAGAAGUGAAUGUUUAGUAGGACCAGAGCCGGUAGGAAACAAGACAAUAUCUUGAAGAAACUGCUGCUUGGCAACAAUAACAGACCGAAACACAAGCAGCUACGUAUCAGUUUCGUUUUGUACGUCAUUAGGGCGUGGAGUCUAGGUUUAAAUCCGACAACUUAAAAGGUGCCAAAACAAGUCAUAUCGGGACACCAGAAAGCAUGCCGUCUCCUCUAUUCACCGUCAUUGGGCUUACAGCUGGGGCUGCUGGUGCCGUACUUCUGGCCCCAGUUGCGCUCGGGGUGGCUGGUUUUACUGGCGCCGGUAUCGCAGCAGGUUCUACGGCAGCUGGCAUGAUGUCUUCAGCAGCCAUUGCCAAUGGGGGCGGUGUGGCUGCAGGAAGUUUGGUCGCUAUCCUCCAGUCUGCAGGUGCUGCUGGUUUGUCUGCAACAGCAACAGCUGGUCUGGCAUCAGUGGGUGGUGCUACAGGAGCUCUAGUAGGUGGAGCGGUUGAUUUGCUGAAGAGGAUAAGCAAAUAGGAAAUGUACUGGAGUACUGAUCACCGCCCGUAAUUGUCUCUGUAGUUUGAUUUUAAACAUUUCAUUAGAUUUUGAAAACAAGAAUGUAACGCUCAAAAUAUGUUUGUUAGUUUUUUUUGCCACUUUUGUAACCAAAAGUAUGGGGUCAUCCUAAAGUUCAAAAAUCACACUAAAAUGUGGUUUAAUCAUAGAGGAUCAUUUGUAUGUUUAAAUGUAUGUUCUAAAAGCACUUUCGCAUUGUGUUUAUGUCCCGUUCAUUGUAAUUAUUAUCAUUCAGUGUUUUGCAAAGACUGUGAAAACCAUUUCUACGGUAAAUGUGGUAAUCAUGUGACCAAUUACAUUUAGAGACACUUUGUAAUGCAGUUACCUGCACAAGUGAUUAAUCAUGGAAAAAAUAAAGCUUCAAUACAAAGUUUUGAAUUUGA